AUGCUCACCGAGACCAACGUCGCGCUCGCCAUCAGCAGCCGCGACAAGGUCACCGUGCUCGCGCUCAACAACACCGCCGCCGCCGUGGCGUUCGGCGGCACGCUGCGCGUCCCGCGGUCCCUGCUGGCGGACCUCCUCGCGCUCCACGUUGUGCUCGACUACAUCGACAAGCCCAGGCUGGGCGCGCUGCAGCACGACCGCAAGGGCGAAGGCUCCGUGGUCACCACGCUGCUGCAGGUCCUGCGCGCGCCGCCGCGCGGCGUGGGGUUCCUCCGCGUCUACACCGGGGACGCCGGCCGCGCCAUGCUCUCCUCCGCCGCGCCGGGGGGGCUCGGGAGGAACGCCACGGUCGAGAAGCAGAUCACCGCCAAGCCGUACAGCGUGUCGGUGCUCCAGGUGAGCGGCUUCGUCGUCCCGCCGGGCAUCAGAGUCCCGCGGGCGUUCCCGCCGAGGGCGAGCAGGCACAUGGCGGCGCCUCCGCACAAGGAGCCUGCGCUGGCGCCAGUGCCGGCGCCGGCGCCCUUCUUCGGGUCCGGGCCGCUGGUUCCGAGCCCGAUCAAGCCGGUGCCUACGCCAAACCUCGUCGAUACUCCCGCGCCGGUGCCGGAGGAGACGGGAGUCAUUCCGAUCCCUAGCGUGCACGGUGGUCUUGCGGCGAAGCCAGUUUUCCAUAAUCUGCAACAUGCAAUUUCAUUUCAUUUUCAUUUGGUCGGAGUACGUAUCCGACCAAAUGAGCAGACAAAUGAGCAGGUGGUCAGGAAAUCUGAUGCUUCUCAGAUUCAGCAGAAUGACAGAAUACUCAUAACUGAAAGUUUGAACAUCAUCUCUAGUCCUAGCUUUCAGUUCAAACUUCAAAUGUUCAUGACAGUAUAG